AUGGCAUGUAAGUUCUACGCUUUGGCUUCGAAGCCACGUCCCGCAACAUGCAACGAGGACAUUGAGCAGGAACAGCAGAGACCCGAGAGUUCGCAUGCACUUGGCAUAGAUGCAACUAGAAGUUUACGACCCUCGCGCAGAGCUCUGUCUGAUCUUGCUCUACUCACCCCCAAAUUCCUCUUCCUCGGCUUCAUCUCCUCCGCUCCAACCUCCUCCUCGACACUCACGCUGAGCUCUGUCUGA